AUGGAAUCCGGCCCGUCCAACCCAGCUGGGUUUGGCUUUGCAAGUUUUAUUUGGCAGGCUCUUGCAUCUUCCACACAACAUCCACCCCAUUGCAAGUUUGACAACAACUCACAAAAUACUGAUACAACUGUGCCAACUUGGGGACUACCAGGGGAUGAGCUUGUAUAUGCUGUUGAGAGUAACCCUAUGCUUGCAAUGGAGGACAUCAGCAUGGACUUGGACAAUGACAUGGGCAGAGGAUCAGAUGCGGAUUCUGAAUUCUCAGAUACUGAAUCACAAGUGUAUCUUUCAAGCCCCACCGUUCAUGAUUAUACCUCAAGCUCCAAUAGCAAUGUUGAUGUCAAGACCAAUGCCAAGUGCUCAGCUCUUGACAGUCUCUAUUCUAUAUCACCCGUGUUGUCCCAAGAGCUCCUUGUUGAACCAGAGGUGCUUGUUUUACCUCUAGAUGACUCAGUGUAA